CUGCAGGAAAAAGUGGAAGAUAAACGUUGAUCCUGUCAAUCAAAAACUACAGAGUCUUUAGGCCGACCUUGCCGACAGAAAAACACAGAGAUGAAUUCCCUGUUUCUCCUGAGCUGUCUAAGCUCCACCUGGUUUCUCUUGGUAUACUCGCACAUGGUACUGGAGGACAAGCUAUCCACCAAUAAGUCUUCUUUCUCGAGUAUACAGAAUGGGAGCCUGUCAGAUGCUCCACCCAUCGUCAUUGUAGAGUUGCCCAAAACGGCAAAGAAAAAAAUCAAGAAACCAAGAAAGAACAAAUUCAGCGUCAAAAACAAACGUCCACCUCCUCCCGCCAACUGCGUGCCAUUGUGGGGAAGCUGCAAAACCCCUAAUAAUGUGUGCUGUGAGUACUGCGCUUUCUGCCACUGCCGCCUUUUCAAGACUGUGUGCUAUUGUCGAAUGGGAAAUCCGCGGUGUUGAAGACAUGAAAGAAACAUAACAGAAUUUUGGCAUAUUCACAAGGAGAGAAAAUGUCUGAGUAGGCUUAUCAUACCAUCUUGUUUGAUGUCUCACUUC